CGCAGACCAUCCUCUCUCGCAAGCUGAUGCCAAACCACCCUCCCUUUUUCCCCGUGGCCACUGAACUAGAAUAUAAUUAUCCUCUCCCUGAGGAGCCCACGGAGCAGAGUCGAGAUGUCAACCCAGCGGAGACCUCUCUGGCUCUUUCCCACUGUCACUGUCACCGGAUUGCCAAACAACAAGACACGGAAAGUUUGUUGUGAAGCCUCCUCUUAAGCCCAACGGGACACACACACACACAACGAACGUGGAGAGCCACCGCCAUGUCCUUUCCUGACGAGCCCGCCAAGCACUCCGCCUGGGAAGGUCGCGACACCAGCUAUUACGCAGCCCCGGCGGCGCCGUGUGUCGGGCGCGGCAGUGACGAGCGCCCCCUUGUGCCCACGUCACCCGCUGCUCCCGUAUUAGCCUCGGACUACGCCUACGUCCCAGCUGUUCGAAGUACCAAACGGCUUCCCCCACGCCCGGCCCAGGACUGUUUCAAAGAGAGCGAAGACGACGGCGGCGGCCGCACGGAGGCGACGCCCCUUUCCUGCACUCCCGCCCCUCACUCGGAGCGCGGCAAUCGGCGGCCACCCCCGGACCGCUACCGCUAUUAUUACCACACUUUCCCCGAUCCCGCCGCCGCCAACAACAGCUGCAAGGACAGCACGGAGGGCGCCGCGCCUGGCCAGGGACCAUGCUACUUUGAGACGCUUCUCGACCUGUCCGACUAUUAUCUGGACUCGGACUCCUACCCGGAACCGACCAAGCACGAGCGAGAGCUCGAAACCCUUGCUACUGAGUCGGGGCUGGCGGACAGGAAGCGGAGGCGCGGCUGGUGGUGGAGAGUGCACCAGGCGGGUGUCGUGGUCUCGUGGGUGUUGCUGGUGGUGGUUUGGAUGUCGGUUGCUAUUGCGGUAAGCUGGCGAGUGAAGGGCGGCAGCGAGCUCGUCUCCGGUGGUUGGGACGGGAAUAACAGGGAUGGGGUUGGAGAGUGGGCUCCGUGCACGGCCGCGCGGCCACGGUUCUGCCGCCUAGUCGUCGGCGCGGAAACGUAAAUAAUUGCAUGCUGUGCUGGGGAUGAGGAUUAUAACAUAGGUUGCGCGGGGUGGUGG